GUCGACGUCGUUCGCUCAGUAUUAAAGAGGCGUCGGUGGAGGACGCAGUGGUGACGACAAACUCUUCGACAAGUGAAGAAACGAGAACUUUUUUUUUAUGCCGAGUGCGGUGCGGAUAUAAGGGAGGGAGGGAGAUAAAGAUAGGAAAACACACGAAGCGCACACCGACGCCCUAACGAUCCCACGAACGAACGAUCGACUGAGAUAUCAUUCAAUUGUCAUUUAUUCGCUCGAUUCCGACACUUUCUCAAUCUCGAUUCUCUUAUCCUCCUCCUCUCCCAUCCUCUCAUUUCUUCGCCCUUGACUUUUCCCGAGAUCUUCUACCCUCCGCUAUAUCUCACCUCGUCAUAUUUUCGACGUCGAACAAACGAACACUGAACGAAUAACCGAUCUCUCGAGCUAUGGCAGCCACCGCCAUGGAUCCAGUCGACAUUGCGAAUAUACUCGCCCAAGAACUGCUUUAUCAGCAGUUGGUAUCUUUAGACGGAUUGCAUAGCGGUGUACCGACCAGAACGACGCCGACGUUGACGCCGACCACCCUCCGCAGCAUCGAGCAGACGUUCUUGGAGCUGACGAGCGAGUCGGCGACGACGCACGGUCGCGAGGCCGGCUUCGUGCCACCGCUGGUCGAACCGUCACAGCCGACCCCGGCACAGACGCAAAACACGACGGCGGCACAUCUUCCGGCACCGACGACGACCACUCUUAUCGAGAGCCAGCAACAAACGCAGCCGCAGCAGCAACAGCUAGUUAAGCGCAAUAUGGGCGGUAGAAAGCCCAACAGAACGGUCGGGAUGACCCCCGAGGAAGAGGAGAGGCGACAGAUCCGGCGCGAAAGGAACAAGAUGGCAGCGGCGAGAUGCCGCAAGCGAAGAAUGGAUCAUACCAAUGCCCUACUUGAAGAGACCGAGGGUUUGGAACAGAAAAAGCAAAGCUUGCAGGAUGAAAUAGAACAUCUGAAUCAGGUCAAGGAAGAAUUGGAAUAUAUCUUAGAAACACACAGAGCUGUCUGCCGUCAUUCACUGCGCUCUUCGUCCCCGCUAGAUGUGAAACCCGUGAUAAAGCCUGAGCUUCCGGCUGAGAAUCACUUCGCCGAACCCGUCAAGAGCGACACGACAGUGGCAGCAACGAGACCGAACAGACCUAAUUCACUGCCGGUCGGGUUGGAUAAUAACAACAGACUGAAUUCUUUGACGAUGUUUGCCGAACCCAAAGAGAGACCGGAUACGCUUGCUUUUAAAACGGUGGAAACACCGUCCUUUAUGAAGCCGUCAUUGGACGUGGCUGGUAUGCCGAUUACCACUCCGACCAGCGGUAUACCAUUUAACUUUGAAUCCCUUAUGGAGGGUGGCACCGGUCUCACACCGGUCUCGACGCCUCUGAUACCAUCGUGCUCGACGCAACAGAGGAACAAUCUGUCAGCCGUGGAUCUCAGCUCCCCGGAUGCGAAUCCACCGAAACUCGUGAGCUUGUGACGCCACGAUGAUAUAGCGAACCAUGGAUCGAACGAGGAGAACGAUCCCGAAUGAGAAUGGAAGUACCAUGACGCGAAAAAAGUUUAAUUUUUUUAGAAAACAAAAAGAAAAGUAAAAGUGUAUGCGCGUGCUCUUUACAACGAAAUUUUUCAUCGCUCUCAAAAACACUUUCACAUGAUUUUGCUUGUUAGAAAAUGCAGUUUUCAAAGCAUUUUAUUGUGACAAUUUGUCAGCGCUUAUAAUUUUAUGAAAUUUGUAAAAAAUACGCAUUUGUUCUUGUAAAAAAAUAUAUAUAUAAAAAUAUAAAUUUGUUCUUGGAAAAAGAAAUAAAGUAAAAAAAAAUUUUGUCAUUGAGACAGCGAUUAUUUUCGUAUGAUACUCUGCGAGUGCAUUGAUCUUUGAUAGAAAAGAAAAAAAAUUUAUUACAUUUAGAUUUUAAUGAUCCUGGGCAUAUGCAGUCUCAGUAUUUUAUCCAUGCGAUGACAGGCCAAUAGACGAGCCAAUUUGAAACUUUGUAUUGAUCUAUGAUGAGAUAAUUAUUUCCUGUGAAGAUAAAUUGUAGAAAAAUAAGAUAAUCUGAAAAGAAAGAGCGCCAGAUAUUUGCGCCCUAAAGAAAAUGAUCGCAGAUUUGCCAUCUGCAUACAAGUGAUAUAUUUAAUGUUUAAAAUAAUACAUUAGGAAUAUAUAUAUAUACAUAUACAUAUAUAUAUAUAUAUAUAUAUAUAUGAUAUAAAGAUUUGUCAUUUUGUAAGCAAUUCAACAAAAAAUGAAUGAAAUUUUAUACUAUGAUUCUGUACUGAGAAUAGAAAUUUAGAUUGUAAGAAAAAAAAAAGUUUUUAGCUCAAAACCUCUAAAUACAUUAAGGAAUCGUAAGAGCUCUUCGAAUUGAGCGCUUAAUAUUGAUCAAUAACACAGUUCGCAUAAUUCAAAGGUAUAGUUAAUAGAGCGAGAAUAAAAUUAGAUGAAUGCGAGAAUUCCUAUAUUUUGUCCAACAUUUAUAAGCUGAUAUUUUGUAAACUGGUAUAUAUAAAAUGAACGAUUACUGUCUCGCUUUUGUGCUA